AUGCUCAGCCUCCUCUCCCUUCCCAACGAGCUCCUGUGCAUGGUCUUCGCGCUCUUGGAUGGGCAAAAUGCCUUCUCGCUGUCCCACACAGCGAAAAGGCUUUAUUUCUUGCACGUCCCCGAUGCGUUUAGAUCGCUGACCGUCGACAUCCCCGAGAAGCCCCCUUCCACCGGCCUCCAAGUGCUGGCCUUGUCCGAAGUCCUAUCGACAAGCGGCCCCCUCCUCGAGCUCCGCCGCGGUCGAUACGUUCGCCGCCUCAAACUUUGUGGACUCACCGACCCCGACCUCGCCCACAUAAGUCGCCUCUUUGCUGCGACAGAACGCCUCGAACGCCUUUACUUCGACGACCUCGGACAUUUUCAGAGUCCGCAGUGCGGCUUGGUCCCACUGGGCGCCAUGGGCCGCCUCGAGCAGGUGGUCUUCCUUGGAACGGGGCCGUGGGCCGUCCAGCAACUCCCGAUGGUCCUGGCCGCCCCAAACCUCACCUCCCUCUGCUUCGAGCUCACCAACUCCUGGCUUCGUAGCAUCACCAUCGACGUCGCCGCCCUCGUCACCGCCCUCUCCUGCACCCCGAGACUGCGCACUCUCCGCUUUAGAUCCGACGAGGCGGGCCGGCCAUCCCUGCGUGCCAUCUUCAGCUGCAGUGGUGUGGCCCUCCUGCGGCGCUGGUUAUGCCGGCACAUGGCUCCCGGAGUCCCCUCCGCCUUGCGGAACUCCGCAUCUCAGGCUGCAUCGGCGUUCCUGCAGAAAGCGCCAAGCGCCUGGGAGAAGUCCCCUUGGUAUCCCUGGGCGAGGUCUGCUUACCGCUCGUCAAAACGAACGACGCUCGGCUCCUCGCCCCCCUUGUACGCGCCACCCGGCCUAUCGCCCUGGGGGUUUUCACGGCGGGCCGUCUUGAACGACCCGGAGCCGGCGCGGUGGAGUGCGCCGACGCCGGCGGGCAAUUCGGACGACGCGAGGCAGAUGUGGGCCUUCCUGUUGCAGGGAAAUCCGCGCCUGCGCUCCCUGGAGAUCACCGUCACAGAGGGAAAGUGCAAGCCUGUCAUCUACAAGCGCUGGAGCACCUCAAUCUCUUCUUUUUGCGGGCUGCGGGCAUCCCGUGGGAUGGGGAGAGGGGUGUCCCGAGAGAGAGAGGAAAUUCCUCGAGGCCGUGGCCUCAUUCCUGAGGAGUUCGCGACGAGCCUGCCCACGCUGCGCGCCAUUGCGAUGUCUUGGCCCCGAGCUGGAGCGGCCGACUUCACGCACCGGAAGGACUGGGAGGAGGAUGCGAAGUAUGGACCAAUGCGCGUUGAGCGGUGGUGGCGGGUUGACAGCGUUGGGACAAGGCGGACGGCGGUCGAGAUCGGGCGUGAAGAAGGCACCGCUUGCGCGAGCUUAUCCAACGGGGGGCACCCAUUGAUGCGCCUGUGCUAA